AUGACCACAAACCACCCAAGAAAAAGAAGAAAAACAUGCCCCUUCUUUGUCAGUGCCCCCAGCGCGAUCGAUCACUUAAGAAAGCCAAUUUUAGAGCUCCUUCGGACCCUUUCUUUGUUCUCUCUUUAUGUUGAUUCUUUUUUCCUUUCCCCGUCUUGCCAUAUCAGGUGCCAUUGGAACGACAGGGACAACUCAGUCCAACUAGUAGCUAGUAGCUGCGUCGUUGAUCUCUCCUCUUCCCGGCCGGCUGUGACUCCUAUGAGACCGAUCUUGAGCUUUGAGUUAGCGGCUGAAGAAUGCUGA